UUUAGUUGAAAAAAAGGGAUCAUUGAAAGCACAUCACAGACGCGGUUUGCCGCAGUCAAAUAUGCCUUCUUAAGGCACACAAAAGUUUUAAACCGAUUUUUGUUUAAAGUAACAAAAAAUGAGUCUGUUAAAAUUAUCGUUUGGACUAUUUUUUGUCCUUUUGGUAAAUGAUGUUCGCUGUGGACAGUUGCGAAGGAUAUGGAUGCAAGAUCAUUGUCGAAAUGGAGUUUGCAGUGGAAUUGAAAUUGGACGGAACGAUUACGUUAUAAUGUCUCAAGAGCCCUUUGAAAAACAAACAAUGUUCAAUUUCGUCAAUUCAUCAAUUAGGAAAAUACCACACCUAAUGUUUGAUACUUUUCCAGAUCUUCAAAUAUUGCGCAUGGAAAACUGUUCUGUAGAAACAUUUGAAAACCCUCAGUUUGAGGGUGCUAGCAAUUUAAUGAGUUUGUUUUUGGGUCAAAACUUGCUAAAGGAAAUACCGAAGAAUAUAUUUUUGGGCGCUGAUAAUUUGAACACUUUGUUUAUAAAUAACAACCAAUUAAAAAUAUUAAAUAACCAAAGUUUUAAUGCUUUAAAAGAAUUAAAAAAACUUUCAUUGGAAAACAACCAGUUGAAUAUAUUGCCGUCAGGAAUUUUUGCACAUAUGAACAAUUUAUUCGAUUUAAAUUUAGCUGGAAAUCUGUUGGAGCUUUUUCCAAGGAAUAUUUUUGAGAAAAAUGUCAACUUAAAACGAAUUAGUCUAGCAAGAAAUCGGUUUAAAGUGUUUGAAUCAGAAUUAUUUAAAACUCAAACUCAUCUGUCGUUUUUGGAUCUUUCUGGGAAUAUAAUGCAGGAUUUGACACUAAAUUUACCAAUUUUAGAUUCUGUUGUCGUCAAUGAUUGCGAUUUACGUAAGUUGAAUGUUUAUGGCAUUGUCAAAGAACUAGAAUUGCGUAAUAACUCCUUAAGAGAAAUACCUCAUAUUCCAAAUGCUCUUAACCUCACAAGUUUGGAUUUAUCAUUGAAUCCGUUGGGUAGUUUACAAGGUCAUCCUUUCCGAAGGUACACCAACUUGUUGCGGUUAAACUUAAGUAGUACCAACAUGCAUGAAAUCAGUGAAGGUGUAUUUAAAAAACAAUCUCAAUUAAAGUUACUUGAUAUAUCAUCAAAUUCCCUAUUCAAUGUGAAAUUUAUCGUAUUCGAUAAUUUGAAAAACUUGCAAUAUUUUCACUUUCAGCAGAAUAAUUGGAAUUGUGAUUUUUUACAACUGCUAAUGAAUUCAUUCGUUAAAAAACUCAAUAUAUCUUUUAUGGAAGACUCAGUUGCUCCUGAAUUAGUAGAUGACUACGUAGAUGGGAUUGCGUGUUGGUAUGAAUAUAAUAAAAAUCCUAAGAAAUGUGACGAUGGUUCAAUUUCUGAUGCAGCCCUGGAAUUGGCUAUAGUUCGGAACGAUAUUAAGCAAAUGAUGGAGACAAUGGAAAAAAAAUUUGUCAAAGUCUACCGAUUAUUAGAAGACAUGAAAAUACGAUUAUAAAUAUGACAAAAGCAAUAUACAUAAAUUGGGAGAAUCCAUGUCAAUGCCGGCAGCAGUUGAAUUUGUCAUUUGCAAUUUCAAUAAAAUUAAUCUCAGAUUUUUCGUAGUCAAAAUUAUAACUUCUAGAAAAUUUAAAAAAGUAAACCAUUUUCAAAAAGUGUAUGUAUUAGCAUUCUAUAAACCGUUUUACCUUUUUAAAUUGAUUGGCGAUCUACAAUAACAUUUACUUUAGACGAGAUAAAUAUUGUAUAUAACAAAAAGAAAAAUUCUUUAAAAAUCGCAUCGAAUUCUUUCAAAACUUAUAAUAUUUGCAAAUCGGAUAAUAUUUUACAAAACUUUUUCUUAAUUUGAGGGCUAUAAAAAGAUAAAUUUAGUACAUGACAGUUUUCAUAUUUGGAAAUAGCUUAACAAUAUACAUUUUUAAACGAAUAGAAUAUUUGAAAAUACAUAAAACACUAUAUGUUUACGACAGUGUUAAUGGUUCUAAUAUAACUUGUUUGUUUUUGAGGCAUAAAUAAUAAUUUAUGUACCUAAUUACUUAUAGAAAUUUAUAUGAUUUUUUGUCUAAUUAUAAAAAAGUAGUUUCUUAAAAACGAUUGUUUAUAAUUUUAUCCAUAUCAACUAAACAGGUUUUUAUAUAUUUUUACUUCAAAUACAAAUUAUGCAAUCCAAUGCAAUUUUUGUAUACGAACAUUUAAUAAAAUCUUUGUAAUUACUAUAUAAUUUUGUAGAGAUAUAUUUAUUUAUCCAAAUUGAAAAUAUCAAAUGUUAAAUAGUUGUUUCAGUCGGUUUUGGGAUGGAUUCAUCUAAAUAUCAAUAAAAAAUAAUAAACUUAUUUUUACCUAUUUAAUCAAUUAUAUUACUCGCAUUACACACAUACUUAUUAUAACAUAUCCCUCGUUUUAUGAAACGAAAUAUUCUAAAAUUAAAAAUGUUGUAUGAAGAAUUCUAAACAUUUUCUAUAUUUAAAUUAAUUAAGUUCUACAAUAAAGAGAACAUUAUUAUAUAACAUAUUUAGUUUAUAAUUAAGGAACAUUUAACUAUUAGGGGCCGUACAAUAUAAGCAUAUUAUAUGCAACUUAAUAUUAGUCUAAUAAAAAACCUUUGUAUGAAACGUAUAAUAUAAAAUAAACUUUAUCUGUAUUAGUGA